GACUUCUAUAAUGGCAAAUUUCUCGCGGCGGCACGGUGGCCAGGAACACCUUGCCGGCCUGGGUGCUGAGGAACACGCGGGCGGACCCGUCCGGGUGCGCCGCCAUGUUGAGGUAGGAGCCGUUGCCGACGCGCUCCAGGAACAUGCUGCGGAGCGGCAGCGCCGCCGGGCGGGUGGAGUUGAACGCCGCGCCGCCGCCGUCCAGGCACGGCGACCUGCCGGCGCCGCCCAGCGAGCCGCAGAACUCGCCCGCGGACUGCCACAGGGUAACGGAUGUAGAGACGACGUGAGUAUCACUGGUUUAAUCAUAGACGUUACCUUGUAAUGGCGUGAUCAUGUUCAUUUUGGAGUGUGGGUAGUCCCCUAGUUUUUUAUAACAGCGAAUCUCUCGUCUACGCCUCCAAAUCGUCGAAGCCGCACCUAAGGACCUCCAUAAUGGCAAAUUUCUCUCUAUCAGUGGAGCAACCACGGAGGCUGUCGGAGGACCUCCACUGUUACAUACGUACUACUUGGCAGGCUGAAGCCCCAAGUUUCCUGCGCCUGUUCUAGCUAGUUGGCGAAGAAAGAUGUCGUUCCGCAGCAUCGUCCGCGACGUCCGAGACAGCAUCGGCAGCCUGUCGAGGCGCAACUUCGAGGUGACUGCUGCAGCCGCCGCCGGCGGCCUCUCCGGACGCACCGCCGCGCAACAUCGCAGGGGGAGGUCUCAGAGCACGGUGCACGAGCUCCGGGACACGCGUGUCGUGGUCCAGCAGGACGAGAGCCGCUGGGCCAGCCUCCCUCCCGAGCUCCUCCGCGACGUGGUCCGGAGGCUGGAGGCCAGCGAGAGCGCCUGGCCGAACCGCAAGCACGUCGUGUCCUGCGCCGCCGUCUGCCGCGCGUGGAGGGAGAUGUGCCGGGAGAUCGUGCUCAGCCCGGAGGUCUGCGGGAAGCUUACCUUCCCGGUCUCUCUCAAGCAGCCUGGGCCUCGAGACGGGAUGAUUCAGUGUUUCAUAAAGCGCGAUAAAUCCAAGUCCACGUAUCGUCUCUACUUGUGCCUGAGUACUGCUGUGCUCAUGGAGAACGGCAAGUUCCUCUUAUCAGCUAAAAGGAGCCGCAGAACAACCUGCACGCAGUAUAUCAUCUCGAUGGACGCCGACAACAUAUCGAGAUCUAGCAGCACGUACAUCGGAAAGCUGAGGUCAAACUUCCUGGGCACGAAGUUCGUGGUCUCAGACACGCAGCCGCCCCCAUACAGAUACAGCGGGGCUGCACCCCCUCCCCCUCGUGCUGCUGGGCGGCGGGCAAGCCGGCGAUUCGACUCCAGGAAGGUCUCCCCGAAGGUGCCGGCCCCGGGCGGUGCCGGUGGUGGCAGCUACAGCAUAGCCCAGGUGACGUACGAGCUGAACGUGCUGGGCACGAGAGGCCCCAGGCGGAUGCACUGCGUCAUGCGCUCCAUACCGGCGUCCGCGGUGGAGCCGGGCGGCACGGUCCCCGGACAGCCCGAGCGGAUCCUGCCCCGGGCGCUGCUGGAGGAGGAGCAGGAGGAGGAGGAGGAGGAUUCGUCGUUCCGCCGCACCGGCACCGGCACCGGCACCACCUCCUUCUCCAAGUCGUCAGCAUCCAUCAUGGACCGGUCCGUGGACUUCGGCGGCGGCAGCAGCAGCAGCUUCCGCGACUUCAGCAGCGCCCGGUUCUCCGACAUUGUCGACGGAGGCGGUGGAGAUGGGGGGCAGGAUAGGGAGAGGCCGCUCGUGCUCCGCAACAAGGCCCCGAGAUGGCACGAGCAGCUGCAGUGCUGGUGCCUCAACUUCCGCGGCCGCGUGACCAUCGCCUCGGUGAAGAACUUCCAGCUGAUCGCGGCGGCGCCAAGCCUGCAGGCUCAGGCCCCCGCUGCUGGGGCUGGGGCUGGGGCUCCUCCAGCCCCGUCGUCACAGCCGGCUCCGCAGGACCAGGACAAGGUCAUCCUCCAGUUCGGUAAGGUGGCCAAGGACAUGUUCACCAUGGACUACCGAUACCCGCUCUCGGCCUUCCAGGCUUUCGCCAUCUGCUUGAGUAGCUUCGACACCAAAUUGGCCUGCGAGUAAAGGAGGGAUAGAAGCAGUGGAACCGGAGCCUUUUUUUUUUUUUUGCAUUUUGUUCGUGCAUGGUUGUAUUCUGCUUCCUGUCUGUUAACCUGGAACCGGGACCCUCUUUGCAUUUUGUUCAUGGGUUCGAUGGGAAUGUGACUCUUUGUUUGCGAGUUUCGCAUGGGUACUUGCGUUAUCUAUUGUGUAAA